UUCCGCGCGGUGCAUUCUGGGGCCCGAGGUCGAGCCCGCCGCUGCCGCCGUCGCCUGAGGGAAGCGAGAAGAGGCCGCGACCGGAGAGAAAAAGCGGAGUCGCCACUGGAGAGAAGUCGACUCCCCAGCAGCAGCCGCCGCCAGAGAGGCCCGCCCACCAGUUCGCCCGUCCCCCUGCCCCGUUCACAAUGCAGCCUGCUUCUUCAAAGUGGUACGAUCGAAGGGACUAUGUCUUCAUUGAAUUUUGUGUUGAAGACAGUAAGGAUGUUAAUGUAAAUUUUGAAAAAUCCAAACUUACAUUCAGUUGUCUCGGAGGAAGUGAUAAUUUUAAGCAUUUAAAUGAAAUUGAUCUUUUUCACUGUAUUGAUCCAAAUGAUUCCAAGCAUAAAAGAACGGACAGAUCAAUUUUAUGUUGUUUACGAAAAGGAGAAUCUGGCCAGUCAUGGCCAAGGUUAACAAAAGAAAGGGCAAAGCUUAAUUGGCUUAGUGUCGACUUCAAUAAUUGGAAAGACUGGGAAGAUGAUUCAGAUGAAGACAUGUCUAAUUUUGAUCGUUUCUCUGAGAUGAUGAACAACAUGGGUGGUGAUGAGGAUGUAGAUUUACCAGAAGUAGAUGGAGCAGAUGAUGAUUCACAAGACAGUGAUGAUGAAAAAAUGCCAGAUCUGGAGUAAGGAAUAUUGUCAUCACCUGGAUUUUGAGAAAGAAAAAUAACUUCUCUGCAAGAUUUCAUAAUUGAGAGAAUUCCUGAGUUGAUAGCUCUAAAGGCAGAUAUGCUGUAUUUGCCUACUUUAACCCAUUUUUCAACCUGUUUGUUUUUUAAAAGGCUUCACUAAGGGUUGAUAUGUACCAUUGUAUGGGGCAAUUUUAAGUCAGCUAAGGCAAUAACCUUAUGCAUGAACAUUUCCCAGACUUUCAUGAAGCUGUUGAGGUCCUAGGCAAUUAAUGCAGCAGUUGUGAUAAAUAAAAACAUCUCACCUAAGUCUCCUUUUCUUCAUAACAUAGAUACUGACAUGAUAGGAAGCUCUCAGCUUAGGGAAAGAGAAUAAAUUUUAGAUUAUAGAACAUAGAUUCAAAAGUGACUGGAACAAAUUGGUUGACACCUUACUGGUAACCUGCUAUUCCUUUGGUGUUAUCCUUCAGGAUUGUUCCACUAAAAUUUAUUUUUCAAAAAAUUUACUUCACAUUAUUCUAUGUAAGUGAUGACUUGUCAGUGUUCCAGGUGUAUCUUAGCUAAAACUAGAGAAUGCCCUAACUUAGAUGGUUUUUGAAGCCUAUACAUUUGGUAUUGUUUGACCCUUAAGCUUUUACAUCUCUUAGCAUGGAGGACGAAGAAAGCUGUACAUUGUUGCUUGAGAGUCUGUACAUUUAGUCCAGAUUUGUAUUUGCACUGUCAGUAUGGCAAAUGAGUGAAAAAUGUUUAAUACACUAUUGGAUUUUUUAUUUCCUUUUUUUUGAUUCAGCUUAUACCCAGGCUGAAAACCUCAAUUUAUGUUCAUGACAGUGGGGAUUUUUUUAAAUGUCUACAUUCUUUCUAAUAAACUGUUGGAAGACUU